UGGGACCAAGAGGGACUUGGGAGAAAGAGGAUAGUUGUAGUAUCCAUAGAGCAACUUAAAGGGACGUGACUGCCAAUACCAGUGUCAAAAAACUUAGCUUCUGGUAAGACAGUGUGAGUUUAAUUAAACUAAAUUGAGCUGCUUUGUAAGUAUUGAUUAUUUCAGUUGUGUUCCACACAAUUCUGCAGCUGUGCAGAGUUAGUCUAGUGAUGGCAUCUAUUAAGUUGCUGAGGAACAAAAAACCUUCUUCAGGUCACACCACUGACACAACUGCUUUUGAUUGUGUCUGUGUUUGGGGGAAUGGGUGACAUUAAUGCCUGGGUUCAGGCUUCUGAAGACUUGCUCAACUGCUCAGUUAUUACACUGGUGAUAGGGGUGGUGUUGGAGAAGGGCUAGUCCAGAUCCUCUGGAUCCAGAGUAGUUUUACCUUGUCUGGUGAGAUGGCAGGGACAUUUGAUGAGUGUUUCAACAUCACAGUCCAUCCAUCCAUGAGGAAAUCACAGGGCCAAGAGGCAGUGUGCAGGUUGUCUGUGGAAAGGUGUUCUGACCGUGUGAAGAAGUUCUUACUUUUGCAGAAUUAGAAGCCAAGUUAUUCUUUCUUUCUGACUCAACUGUGAUGACUUUUUGAUGGAAAGCCUGAGAAACACGUGGUGGGUGCAGAGCGUUUGGAAAUGACAAGGCAACCCGUGAUGCAGCAGGAUUUCCUGACUGGACUUUGACAUUCUUUUCAUGAAAGAGGUUUCCAAGUAGUUGUCUUAUAAUAACUUUGAGAAGAAGUUCUAUGUAGCUCUUACUUUUAAGAGUGCUGCAAAAAUGAUUACUUCAGAUUUGCCAGUACUACAGGAUUCUACGAACGAAACUACUGCACAUUCAGAUGCUGGCAGUGAGCUUGAAGAAGCAGAAGUCAAAGGAAAAAGAAAAAGGGGCCGUCCUGGCAGGCCUCCAUCUGCCACCAAGAAACCCCGCAAGUCUCCAGCAGACAAGGGGCGUUCCGAGUCCGGAGCCAGAGGAGCGAGUCGUGGAAGAGCUAAUGGCCACCCUCAGCAGAAUGGAGAAGGGGACCCUGUCACUUUGUUUGAGGUGGUUAAGCUGGGAAAGAGUGCUAUGCAGUCUGUGGUGGACGACUGGAUUGAAUCAUAUAAACAAGACAGGGACAUAGCACUUCUGGAUUUAAUCAACUUCUUUAUCCAGUGUUCAGGAUGUCGAGGUACAGUAAGAAUUGAAAUGUUUAGGAACAUGCAAAAUGCAGAAAUCAUAAGGAAAAUGACAGAAGAAUUUGAUGAGGACAGUGGGGACUAUCCCCUCACCAUGCCCGGGCCCCAGUGGAAGAAGUUCCGCUCCAACUUCUGCGAGUUCAUCGGGGUCCUGAUCCGGCAGUGCCAGUACAGCAUCAUCUACGACGAGUACAUGAUGGACACGGUGAUCUCCCUGCUCACAGGGCUCUCGGACUCCCAGGUCAGGGCCUUCAGGCACACCAGUACCUUGGCUGCUAUGAAGCUUAUGACUGCUCUUGUGAAUGUUGCCUUAAACCUGAGCAUCCAUCAGGAUAAUACACAGAGGCAGUAUGAAGCUGAGAGGAACAAAAUGAUUGGCAAAAGAGCUAAUGAGAGGUUGGAGCUGCUGCUUCAGAAAAGAAAAGAGCUCCAAGAAAACCAAGAUGAAAUCGAGAAUAUGAUGAACUCUAUUUUUAAGGGUAUAUUUGUUCAUAGAUACCGUGAUGCUAUUGCUGAGAUUAGAGCUGUCUGUAUUGAAGAAAUUGGAGUCUGGAUGAAGAUGUACAGUGAUGCCUUCCUGAAUGAUAGUUAUUUAAAAUAUGUUGGCUGGACACUACACGACAGGCAAGGUGAAGUGAGGUUGAAGUGUCUGAAAGCUCUUCAGAGUCUGUACACCAACAGAGAGUUGUUUCCCAAACUGGAGCUGUUCACUAAUAGAUUCAAGGACCGCAUUGUGUCCAUGACCCUGGACAAGGAGUACGACGUGGCCGUGGAAGCCAUUCGAUUAGUGACACUCAUCCUGCAUGGGAGUGAGGAGGCUCUGUCCAACGAGGACUGUGAGAAUGUGUAUCACCUGGUGUACUCAGCACACCGGCCCGUGGCAGUGGCAGCUGGAGAGUUCCUGCACAAAAAGCUGUUCAGCAGACACGAUCCCCAAGCUGAAGAGGCUCUAGCAAAGAGGAGGGGGAGAAAUAGUCCAAAUGGAAACCUUAUUAGAAUGUUGGUUCUUUUCUUUCUUGAAAGUGAGUUGCAUGAACAUGCAGCCUAUUUGGUGGACAGCUUGUGGGAGAGCUCCCAAGAACUGCUGAAAGACUGGGAAUGUAUGACAGAACUGCUCCUGGAGGAGCCAGUCCAAGGAGAAGAAGCCAUGUCGGACCGGCAGGAGAGCGCCCUCAUCGAGCUCAUGGUGUGCACCAUCCGCCAGGCCGCCGAGGCACAUCCCCCCGUGGGCAGGGGCACGGGCAAGAGGGUCUUGACAGCAAAAGAAAGAAAAACUCAGAUAGAUGACAGAAAUAAAUUGACUGAGCAUUUCAUUAUUGCACUUCCCAUGUUGCUAUCCAAGUACUCUGCUGAUGCUGAGAAGGUGGCAAAUCUCCUGCAAAUCCCUCAGUACUUUGAUCUGGAAAUCUACAGCACGGGCAGAAUGGAAAAGCAUCUGGAUGCCUUACUGAAACAGAUUAAGUUUGUUGUGGAAAAGCACGUGGAAUCAGAUGUUCUGGAAGCCUGCAGCAAAACCUACAGCAUCCUCUGCAGUGAGGAAUACACCAUCCAGAACAGGGUGGACAUCGCCCACAGCCAACUCAUCGACGAGUUUGUGGACAGAUUCAACCAUUCCGUGGAGGAUCUGCUGCAGGAGGGAGAGGAGGCUGAUGAUGAUGACAUUUACAACGUGCUCUCCACUCUGAAGAGGCUGACCUCUUUUCACAAUGCUCAUGAUCUCACCAAGUGGGACCUGUUCAGUAACUGCUACAGAUUGCUGAGAACUGGAAUUGAACACGGAGCGAUGCCAGAACAGAUUGUUGUCCAGGCACUGCAGUGUUCCCACUACUCUAUUCUCUGGCAGCUGGUGAAAAUCACCGAAGGCUCCCCUUCCAAAGACGACUUGUUGGUGUUGAGGAAAACUGUGAAAUCCUUCCUGGCUGUGUGCCAGCAGUGUCUGUCAAAUGUCAACACCCCAGUCAAGGAACAGGCUUUCAUGCUGCUCUGUGACCUGCUGAUGAUCUUCAGUCACCAGCUGAUGACAGGGGGUCGGGAAGGGCUGCAGCCCUUGGUGUUCAACCCAGACUCAGGCCUGCAGUCAGAACUGCUCAGUUUUGUCAUGGACCAUGUCUUCAUUGACCAAGAUGAUGAAAACCAGAGCAUGGAGGGAGAUGAAGAAGAUGAAGCCAACAAAAUAGAAGCUUUACAUAAGAGAAGAAACCUUCUGGCUGCCUUCAGCAAGCUGAUCAUCUACGACAUCGUGGACAUGCACGCGGCCGCCGAUAUCUUCAAACACUAUAUGAAGUACUACAAUGACUAUGGAGAUAUCAUUAAGGAAACCCUGAGCAAAACAAGGCAAAUUGAUAAAAUCCAGUGUGCAAAGACACUCAUCCUCAGUUUGCAACAGCUGUUCAAUGAGCUGGUCCAGGAGCAGGGGCCCAACCUGGACAGGACCUCUGCCCACGUGAGCGGCAUCAAGGAGCUGGCGCGGCGCUUCGCCCUCACCUUCGGCCUGGAUCAGAUCAAGACAAGGGAGGCGGUGGCCACACUGCACAAGGAUGGCAUAGAGUUUGCCUUCAAAUACCAGAACCAGAAAGGACAGGACUAUCCCCCUCCAAACCUCGCUUUCCUCGAAGUGCUCAGUGAAUUCUCCUCCAAACUCCUGCGACAGGACAAAAAGACUGUUCACACCUACCUGGAGAAGUUCCUGACGGAGCAGAUGAUGGAGAGGAGGGAGGACGUGUGGCUGCCCCUGAUCUCCUACAGGAACUCCCUGGUGACGGGCGGGGAGGACGACAGGAUGUCAGUGAACAGCGGCAGCAGCAGCAGCAAAGCCUCCUCCGUGAGGAACAAGAAGGGCCGACCCCCCCUCCACAAAAAGAGAGUGGAAGAUGAGAGCCUGGAAGGCUCCUGGCUGAACAGGAACGAGAACAUCCACACUCCAGGGGCACUGCAGGCACCACAGCUCACCUCCACUGUCCUGAGGGAGAACACCAGGCAAAUGGGGGAGCAGAUCCAGGAGCACGAGUCGGAGCAGGGAUCUGAACAGGACUUUUUACACAAUCCCCAGAUGCAGAUCUCGUGGCUGGGCCAGCAGAAGCUGGAGGAUCUCAAUCGGAAGGACAGGACAGGAAUGAACUACAUGAAAGGCAGGACUGGAGUAAGGCACGCAGUGUAA